ACUUGGUACACAACAUUUUACCACGUUUUUCUCAACCAUGACCUGAGAAGUGAUCACUGAGCGAUUAACAAGUUUGAUUUUUUACGGGUUAUGGCUGUUAGCGAGUGGACAAGGUUGGCUCUAAGAUGUUGAUGAGACCUUGCGCAUUUAGUUUGACUUGAUCCUAGCUAAAAAUUGUGAAUGAUGAAUAAUAGGAGACUUUAUUAUCAAGGACAACAUGGGUACUAUAAUUCACAUGUGCCAUGUAAUCCAACAGUCCGCUUCUCACAAAUGGUGCAACAGCAGUAUGCUUUUGUCCCUGCCCAACAUCAGUAUCAUCAGCCAAAUUUUCUAAGCUUUGACAAUGGCUGGCAGAGUUUUCAGGGCAAUUCUGGAUAUCCACAAGACCACAGGGAAACAAUCAGACAAGAUAUUCUGUCGCAGUUGCAUCACAAACAACCCAGUUCGAGUGUUGGUCAUCAAAAUCGCAAAAGACAUGCAGAUUCCCUUCCAAGCUCUUCUAGUAGUAAGAAAUCCAAAGGUAGCCACUCAGUGGAGUCCUCUAGUGCUGUGAUAAAAGACGUACCACGUCCUCCGUCGGGGUACAACCCAAUGCACAGUAUCACAGAAGCAAUCAUUCGAUACUUCUUGGAGAAUCACCAGACUGAUAAAGCCUACAAACAGAAACUCCAACUCAGAGAUGUCUUGUUCAAGAUAUUCCAGUCCUGUAUGCCAAACUGUGGACUGUACAUAGUGGGGUCUACAAUGAGUGGCUUUGGGACAAUGAAGAGUGACAUGGACAUGUGUCUGAUGAUCACAGAAGAUGGCGUUGACCAGAAGAGAGAAGCACCAGAAAUACUGUACCUCAUCCAAAAAGCCCUGUAUAAAUGCAGUUUUGUCAGGGAGUCUACAGUGAUUAGGGCCAAAGUCCCCAUUCUACGGUUCAAUGAUCUCAUUAGUAAAGCUCAGGUGGAUCUGAAUGUCAACAAUGGUGUUGGAAUCAGAAAUACUCAUUUACUGAAGUAUUACUGCAUGACUGACUGGAGAGUUAGGCCUUUAGUUCUGUACAUUAAGAAGUGGGCCCGUUUCCAUGACAUCAAUGAUGCCAGCAAAGCCACCAUCUCCAGUUACUCACUCUGUCUCAUGCUCAUUCACUACCUGCAGUAUGCUUGUUCUCCACCGGUACUUCCCUCCUUACAGGAGCUCUACCCUGAACGCUUUGACGGUACUCUAGACAUCAGGGAGCUGAAGUUUGACGACACGAUCUCCUACAAGAGUGACAAUGGACAGAGUGUGGGCGAACUCUUCUUGGGAUUCCUCGCCUACUACAGCAACAAAUACAGGUUUGAGGAGGAUUGCAUAUGUAUUCGAGAAGGAAGAAGAUACAGUUUGGAUGACUACAUGCGGUUCAAGAAUGAAAAUUUUCAGCUGCAGCCUCUUUGCAUAGAAGAACCGUUUGAUUUAUCAAACACUGCUCGCUCCUGCCAUGAUAAAAACAUUUUCAACAGAGUCAAGCGUGUGUUUAAAAAAAGCUACCAAGAGCUACAGAAAAAGAAGGAUGUUCGCUGCCUCUUCAACCAGCCAUUUUGAAAAUGUUUGGGAGCAGGCAAAAUGUAGGAUGGCAAAUUAAGGACUACAGCCUAUUUGCAGGGAGGAAGGGUGACUAGAGGUUAACUCUGACCUUGAGCUUAUGCUAGUGGAAGCCUCAUGCACUGACCAGUCUCCCACUAUCAAAGCUUGUUCCAUUUUUGUGAGCAGCAUGGUAAAGCAUUUAAAUGAAGAUUAAGAACAGAGACAGGGUUAGAACUCAUGUGAUGUACACUGCACCAGUGUGUUACUUUCAUGAAGUACGAAAAAAAGGGGGAAAUUGUGUUCUGGUGGAGCAAAGUCUAAAAGCCAUCAUGGAUGUUUGAUAUUGACGUAUUUAGAAGUACUUAUGAACCCAAACAUUUCAAUUCUUGUGAUUGUGAAUGUGGUAUGUGAAACUAUUGAUCAUGUGAUUGAUAAGCUUGUUCAAUUCAGUACAUGUAUUUAAAUCAGGGGGUUCAAACUUUCUAUUCUUAUCAUCUAUAUCCUCACGAGAAAGGCAGCUUUGAUGUAUUCUGAUAGAAACUACAUGUUGGUGCUUGAUUUUGCUUGUUUGAGUUCUGUUUGUAUGUACAGUACAUUUAUACAAUACAUGUAUUGAAUAAAUGAGUGCUUUCAUUGUAAAUUGAAUUUACAUCUUUUCUCAAUGUUUAUUGUAAAUAAAUAAGAUACAGUUUAUUCACUUUAUUGGUUGUUAUAUUAUCAAUUUGAAAGAACACUGACUGACAGCAAAAGAUGUAACUUAUUUUCUGUAGAACUUUAUCUUGCAUCUGAAGUAAAGAAAACAGUAGAGAAUGCUGCAAGUACAUUGAAGUCCAAAGGUACCUUGGACUUCUUAAUGUUCAUUUGUACAUGCAUUGGCAAAAAUCAAAUAUUGAUAAAACCUAUUCAAUAGAUAUCCAGGUACAUUUACAGGUGAAAUACUGCAGGUUCAUAUUGGGGAAAAAAUACAUGCCAGAAUCAUUUAGUGCAAACUAAUAUUUGGGUAUUGUUUUUGUACAGUCAACUUCAAAGUAUGGCAUAUUCAUUUAUCCAACUUGCACUGAUCAGAGACUGUUUUCCAUCCACCAUUAAUAUACUGGAGUUUAAUCACUUUUUGUUGAGCUAUAAUUUUGGUGGAUUUCAUUUUUUGAGCUGAAACUCCCAAUCAAAUGCCCACUGAAGAAAGAAACAUAACAAAAUUUGUGUUGUUUGAAUUUGUGAACAUGUAUCCUCAAACUUGAAUCCAACGUGAUUCACAAGCAUAUGAUUUACCAAAUAUACAAUGUUUACACUAUUUCAACAUAAUUUAUGUAUCAUAUGAAAAGAUGAACUUUUCAAAAACUAUGGUGUUCAAAAGUAGAUACAUGUACAUGUAAAUCAAAUUAAAAAAGAAAAAUAGAGAUGAGAUGAGCAUUGGGCCAACAGAUAUAUAUUGAGUUUCCCAUCCGGAUAAUAGUCACAAGUGCAGGGGAAUGUAAAUACUGCAGCAUGGUAUAUAUCAUGAGCCAUUGGCCUUUUAGUGAAACAUGAUGUCUUAAGGAACUACUAGUAUAUAUUAAUUACGAUAAACUCCCUAUGAAUGAUUGUAUAUUUCUUACUACAGACAUCAAACAACUUCAAAUUAUAAUUCUUUUCUCAGUGUGUCAAUCCAACUGUUACUAUCUUUAGACAGCAAUCGCAAUCAUGUGACACUCCAAUCAAUGUCCAAAACAACUCCGUUUGUUUAUAUGUGAAAUUUCCGAAUGAGUUCUAAAAACUGAAAGGUGAUGACUUAAUAUGUGUGAAACCUUCCGAAUGAUGAAAUUUCAUAUGCAAGUACAUGUAUUUCUUCUUAUUCCAAAUGUCAUAAUCAAAAAGUAAAACAUUUUUUUUGAGUCACCGUGUCACUACAGUAUCUGCAAAAUUUAUGCCAUAAAUAAUACAAUGUAGUACUAAUCCUGAUCACACAACAGAGGCCAUUAGGAUCAGCAGUGGUAGAGGUCUUUGACUGCAGUGCAAUAAUUUAAUGAUAUGACUACACAGACACGAUAUCCAUUUCAUUGCUUCUGUUCAUUAAAAUUUUACACAAUCAUGUACACAUACUGUAUACAUUGUACAUGUUUUAAUAUUUAGGUCAUUCAAAAGAUGUCUGUAAUUAGAUACAAAAGAAAGCUGAAUACCCCAUUGAAUUUUAAUCAUCAUUCAGAAAAAAGACAUCUUUGGCACAUAGCAUCAAAUAAUAACAGAAAGUUGAAACAUUUAUUUUGUGUACAUGUACUUUUAAAUCAAUAGAAGUAAAAAUGAUGACAUGUUUAUAAUCAUGAUGGAAAUUACUAAACGAUGAAAAGGUCAAGAAUGAGAUGAGUAUGUAUUUAACAUUUUGCCUAUUAAUUCACAUUGCUUUUCAAAGAAGAGAUAAAUCUUGUUGGACGGUUAAAAUACAUGUAAUUAUUACAAUUGUAUAAAAGCUAUCAACCACUGUAUGCGAUUGAAAAUAAAACACGAUCAAAAGAAAUUUUUAAAAAUACAAA